ACCAGAUCUCACUCCCCACAUUUCAAAGUUUUCUCCUUUUCUUGAGAAAAAUUACGUCUCUUUCCUUUUUUUUAGGUUAGACAUUUCCAUAUUCGUUUAUUUGCUGGGCCACAGAGUGUUUAUUUGGAUUUGUUUAUUUAACUAAUACUAUAGUUGUUGUGGUUACAUGAGAAGCUUAGAUCGCACAGUCCUUUCUUCUACAUUGACACUUGCCUUAAGAGGGGGGCCAAAGAAAGAUUUUAGUUGUUCUUGGUGUUUAGGAUCUGGAAAUUUUUUCUUCUCAAGGUUCGUAAAUGGGUGUGAAGACUUCAAAGAUCUAAAAUUUUAACAGUGUUGAUUUUAGGGAAGAUGGGCAGUGAUCUGAAAAGCCAGCUAUCUAGAGAGAGUCAUAUCUUUGGACUUAAAGUUUGGGAAGUAAUUGGAAUAGCUGUUGCAUUGCUCAUCAUAGCUAUCCUCUCGGUUCUUUCAUAUUGUCUCACUACGAAAAAGAAAUCAAGAACAGCUAAGUCCGGUCUUCCCGUUAUCCAAAUCCCUCCAGUCUCCAAGGAGAUCAAAGAAGUAAGAGUUGAGCAUGUCUCGGCAAGUAACUUUGCUCCUCGUGAAGGCAUUCUUCUCACAAUCCAGGACAAAAACAGCAGAGAUUCAGACAAAGUCUUGGUUCAUUUAGAUAUAGGGAAGAAGCGAAAGAAUGGUGGAAGUAGUUGUAGCCGGUCAGGCUCGUUUCACCAUUUAGAGAUCAUAGAUAAACAUUCUGAGUCAGGUGAAGAAGUCUCUGUAAACCAACCUUCUUCAUCAUCAUUGUAUAACAUCGCAACUCCAUCUCCAUUGUCUGGUUUGCCUGAGUCUCAUCUUGGUUGGGGACACUGGUUUACAUUGAGAGAUCUUGAAAUAGCAACUAAUAGAUUCUCAAAGGAGAAUGUUAUUGGUGAAGGCGGCUACGGGGUUGUUUACAGAGGAGAGUUGAUCAAUGGAACUCCUGUUGCAGUUAAAAAGAUUCUUAAUCAGUUGGGACAAGCUGAGAAAGAGUUUAGAGUCGAGGUUGAUGCUAUCGGUCAUGUGCGUCACAAGAACUUGGUCCGUCUUCUUGGAUACUGCAUUGAAGGCACUCACAGGAUAUUGGUUUACGAGUAUGUGAACAAUGGAAACUUAGAACAGUGGCUUCAUGGAGGAAUGAGACAGCAUGGCUAUCUAACUUGGGAAGCUAGAAUGAAGGUUCUCAUCGGUACAUCGAAAGCUCUUGCAUAUCUGCAUGAAGCAAUAGAGCCAAAAGUAGUACACAGAGACAUCAAGUCAAGCAACAUACUGAUCAAUGAAGAAUUCAACGCAAAGGUUUCAGAUUUUGGACUUGCCAAGUUGCUUGGCGCUGGGAAAAGCCAUGUCACAACUCGAGUGAUGGGCACAUUUGGGUACGUUGCUCCAGAAUAUGCAAACACAGGGCUGUUAAAUGAAAAGAGUGAUGUCUAUAGCUUCGGUGUUGUGCUCUUAGAAGCAAUCACAGGAAGAGACCCUGUUGAUUAUGGCCGUCCUGCUCAUGAGGUGAAUCUAGUGGACUGGUUGAAGAUGAUGGUUGGAACAAGGCGGUCCGAAGAAGUAGUUGAUCCAAAAAUAGAGGUAAGGCCACCUACGAGAUCAUUGAAACGAGCCCUUCUGACGGCUCUGAGAUGUGUCGAUCCAGAUUCUGACAAACGCCCAAAAAUGAGCCAAGUUGUUCGUAUGCUUGAGUCUGAGGAAUAUCCCAUUCUAAGAGAGGACCGACGACGUUCUAGAACACGAGAAGGGAGUAUGGACUCAGACAUUGACAUGAGUACACCGGUCUCAAGAUCACAAAGCAAGAGAUGAUAAUCUGAGUAAUCUAUCAAUCUGCAUAAGCUUUCAAACGUGCUUUAUGCUAUUCUUUGAGCUUGUUCCUUUGCAUUUUCUGUUAUUCUUUUUCCCUUGCCUCUCACCUGUCUCUUUGUCUUGAGUAGACUUUAGAUGAUUUGAUUGUACAUGGAAUUGGGUUUGUAUUUUAAAAUCCUACAUCAACAUAAAUACAUAAUAGA